UUUUUCAACGUCGAGGUGGUUACAACAAAAUCAAUUGAACUAAAAACAUCGGCUGCAGUAAAUGGAUAUAUUAAAACUGGAUAUGCAGUUACCUUAACAACUGGGAUGACUUUCACAUCAAUGUCAUUACUGGCUCAAACAGCGUUUAGCACUGUACCAACAGGUUACACUCAAUUGAUUAUAACAAAUGGUUCAAUUACACAACACUGGUUAACAACUGAAACGACUUGUAUUUUCAAAGCUGCUGAUUUUGAAAAUGAUAAUGUGUGCAAGUACAUUGUGAACUACAUUAGAAUUGAUGUUGUGUUACCAACUGUAAUGAUUAGUGACGUUGACAGAACAUUCAAGAGUAUUAAAAAUAUGGAGGGUUUUGUAAGCACACCUUUGAAUCAACCAAAUCUUAAAGUGGAGACAUUUACAAUCGCGGCUGAUUACACCGGAACAUCUGCUAUUAUCAAAGAAGCGAAGGAUGUUAUAUUAUCAAAUUCAUAUACCCUUACAAUAACAACAGUUACAGGUACAGUUUCUGUUAAUUCCUUGGGUUGUUAUUUGUUUGCAACAUCUGUUAAUACCCUUGCCUAUCAACCCAACAAUAUGUAUAUUGUUGGUAAAAUUGCUGAUAAAACUGGUACUGCUAUCAACGGAGAAACUCUCUAUAGAUACAACAAAGCAAACACUGAUUGUUCCACAAAAGUUGAUGGCACAUUUGAGGAAUACGACUGUAAUUCAAACGUUGAAGGAAAAAUACCCGACUUUGCCAAUUUAAUGACAAUGGUCGUGAAAACCAGCAUUUCUGCGAUCACAAAACAAUUUAGUGCUUGUAAGAUCGAUACGAGUGCUUUGACAAUUAGCAAUAUCAAAUGCACAACAACUUCAAUAAGUGUACAACAAUUUACAAUUCAAACUUCACAACUUGGGACAUUAACAUUAACCAAUGAAGUUGAUGAUGCAGUUCGAAUUAUCGAAGGGUCAACUAUAUCCGAUUUAUCUCAACAAAGCACAACAACAAAACCAAUAUUCUACGCUUCAACGAUGAAUACAAUUUCAAACGCUAACCCAAAAUUGAAAGUGGUGAGGAUCACAAGCAACCAUUACAGAUAUUAUGGAAAAGGAAAUGGUGACAACAAAUGUGAAUAUAGUUCAACUGGUUAUUCGAUUGUUGAUUGUAACACUGCUUAUGCAACCGGAAUUGAGUUGACAAUUUCAGCAAAUGAUUUCGAUAACUCACAGUACACUUAUAUGAAUGUAAUAACCACAACUGCCGUUUCAAGUAUUACUACACUCAAAGCAACAUCAUUCGGUCCCGUGUUCACAGAUUCUUUAACAAUCGGAGCUCUGAAUGUUGCUACAAUGACAUUGCCAACAAUAUACAAUGCUCUCGUUAUAAAUUCAAGUCCUACACUCCAAUCUGCAAUUACGGGAUCUGUUUCUGGAGGAAAGAAUCCAUUGUUUGUUGGUGUAGUUACUGUACCAGAAUCAAUCAAAUCAGUAGAACUUAGUGGUACAAUGAAUAGAUACUACACAGGAACUCUUGGACUUGACUGUAAUUGUGCAUCCGCAACUGCAUUUACGGAAUGGGAUUGUACCAACACAUACUAUCUUAACAAGAAGAUUUUUAAAUGUACAAACACCAAUGUCGCUUCGUUUACAUUCCCAAUAACUGCAAAUGAGUUUGAUACAGUUGAAAUAACACACACCAUGACCAUUUCAUCAAUCGAAGCAAAAACUCUUAAAAUUAACACUGGGAGCUAUGUUUUGCAAGGAGCUGUUACUGAUAUCAUUGUCGGUGCAAAACAUAUUGAUGGAACUUAUUCUGGAACUUUUACAACUUUGAACGUGAAUGAUACAUCAUUUAAUGUUGAUAUAAUGCAUUACAAAAAAGGCACUGAAGAAUUACCAACACUAACAGAUCCAAUGAAGCUUUACCAAAUUAGUGAAGGGUUAUAUAGAAUUUCGACUUCAGAUGGUUAUUAUUGUACAUACUCUGGAAAGGGAAGUGACAAUUCAGCCACUUAUCUUGAAGGCGAUUGUGUUAAUUCCACACCCGAUCAGAUCCUCAAAAUCGAUUCAAGUGUCACUGCUCCAACUGCUGAUGUUGUUUUUGCGUCCACUGCAACACCAAGAACCUUUGCCACAGUAAAGACAGCUUAUACCACUUUGAUACUCAACAACGUGAAACUCACGACACUUAUAGGAACUGAGUUGACUGGAAAGAUGGAUUAUACCAUUGGUGAGGUCGCCACUUUUCUACCAAAAACUGACCUUGUCUUCAAUCUUAACUCGAAAGUUGGAACUGUAAUAAUUGGAUAUCAAGUCACUGAUGGUGUUAUCCAAGGUUCCGUUGACAAAAUUGGUACAUCGUUCGCAACAACACAUUUGUUUGUAUUAAAGACAACAACAACUCCAACCGCAAUUACGAGUUAUACUACUCAGAUUGAUACUGGCGUGUAUAGAGUCAGUUCAACAACAGAUAUUGCUAAUAAAAACUUCUGUACAGCUGCAUCAAAACUGAAUCUUUUUGAAGAAUUUGAUUGCAAUUUGUAUGCCAAGGAUGGCACAAAUCAACUUAAGUUGUACUCCAAUAAUGUAGUUGUUGAUUUGACAUCAUAUCACAUUAAAUCUUUCAUG